AAAGAUUUCAGCAAUGGAUUCUAAUAUUCUAUUUUAUCAGGAACUUAUGAUAUAAAGUGAAUUUAUUCGUUUUGUGAUAUUCUGUGAGUACGAAUACCAGCAGCAACAGGUAAAAUCAAAAGAAUCAUUCUUCCUCGUCAUCCUCCCUCUGUGAUUGAUUAACAAGCAAAGUCUAUCAUCACUUCCACUCUGCCUUGUACGCAAUCUCUCUUUCUUUCGUUUGCCUUUCGAUUUCACGUCUCCCUGGUAUUGAUUUAUUUGGUAAGUAGGGAUUCGAAGAUCAAGGGGUCGAUUUGUGUUGAAUAUUUGGGUAGGAGGAAUGGAUAUAUUAGGGUUGUAGUUGGGUAGCGUUAUGUUCUGAUUUACAGAAGCAUGGAUUUGCAAUAUAACAAUCCUAAUGAACAUGGAAGAAACGAGCAAAUAGUGUCUCAGUUUCUGUUGAAAAGUUUGCAUAUUGUGUUGGAGUCUAGGAUUCCUUCGAUUGGGAAUGGGAAUGGGAAUGGGAAUGGGAAUGGGAAUGGGCCUACUACGAGUACGAGUGGUCGUAGGGGAAACUUACAAAGCCAAAGCCAAAGCGAAAGCCAAGUGAAGAAGAGUGAUAAAUGGUUCAAUUUAGCAUUAGGUGAGCGUCCCAGUCCCACAGGUUUAGAUAGUUUGAAAUUUUGGCACAGGAAUAUAAUGGAACCCAUGAUGAUAGACAUUAUACUAGUUCAAGAAAUGGGUAUGGGUACAAGGUCUGGAUAUGGAGCAUUAGUUGAGACAGUUGUCGAGAGGUGGGUGGUUCAGUAUGAGUAUGAGUAUUCAAGGACGUCGGCAUCUAGCAGCGAAUCUUAUAAGAAAACAUAUAAGAAGUCUAUCAUUCUGUUACGUUCUCUGUAUACAAUGAUGAGGCUCCUUCCAGCGUACAGGGCUUACCGAAAGCUGUUAUGUAUUUCUUCAAGUGAGGGUGAGGGUAAGGGUAAGGGUUGUGGUUUUGAUAUAAAUUACAGGGUGUCCUCCUUUAGUGCCCCGUUUACAAGGGCAGAGGAAGAAUCAAUGAAACACUACAGUUUCUUCCCCAUAGAAGCCCAGCAUGGACGCCUGUCUAUAUCUGUGAAAUAUCGUGAAAGUCUGGCUGAUUUUAACUUGGAAACCUCAGCAUCAUUUCCACCUGAGAUCAUUACAGACUACGUUGGCAGCCCUGCCACUGAUCCUUUUAGGGCUUUCCAUUUCCCAGUGAUGAAUAGAGUGGGCGUGAAUGCUAAUGCCACCACAUCUUUUCCUUCAUCGGCAGCAGCACCUCCUCCUCAACGGCCACAUAGCUGGACAAGUGGCUUAAGCAGGGGAGCACCAUUCACACAUAACCAAUACUCACCACCACCACCACCACCCGCGCAGACACAUCGCUCUUCCAGUGGGCGAUAUGAUUCGCUUACAGAUGUGUAUGGUCCAAAUUAUAGGCCACCAAGCUUUGAUGAUUAUCAACUUUCACCGCCAUUUUCACCGUCUCCCCCAACAUACCUUCCCAUGCAAUCUCGGCCGCGCUCAGAGACUGCCCCCGUCAGUAUCCCUAUGAUCAACAGAACUCCCAGUCCCAGAUACCUCUCUCCUAAUCUCUCUGAUCCUGCUAACCGACAUCUUCCACCCCCAUCACCUAGACGCUAUGAUCAUGACUCUCCUUCUGGAAUCAGGUCCCUUAGAAAGUCAGACAUGUCGAGGAUUGGGAUUGGGGACCUGAGUUCCGGUUCUGGUUCCGGGUCAGCAAAUCAUUAUUCUAGUCACAACCCCAAGGUGGUAUCUAGGGAUAACAAAGAUGAUUCAGGGAGGUUUUCAGGUUUGCUUUCUUCAAGUGGUUCGCCUCGUGUUGGAUUCUCUAGAAGCUCCAGUAGAUUGUCUCUCCAGGAUGAGUUGGAUGAUAUUGACUUCUCCUGUCCAUUUAUUGUGGAUGAUGUUGAUAUUUGUGACUCCUCUCUCAGUGUCAGUGAGAGUGGUGGUAAACAAGCAGGAAGGGAGUUGUCUAAGAAAUCACAAGAUGCUGCAGUGGGUGCACUUGUCCGCAUGCUGAGGACAGCACCACCCCUUCGACAAGAUUCCAGUUGCUACUCCUUGAGCACCAGCAGAUAUGCUUUAGAGGAGUCUGAAUUUAACAACAACAACAACAACAGUGGACUAUUUUUGUCCCGAAAGACAUCAGAUGCUUUAGAGGAGCUCAAGGCCUACACAGACAUCAAAGACCUUAUUCUCUCCAAAAGUGGGACUCGCUUUCUUACCAAGGAACAACCCCUCUGACUUACUCUCCUGUCAUCCAAUGUUUCUUGUAAACCAAACAUGAGUGAAAACUACUACUGCAAUGCAAUUACAUUUCUACUCUAUUAUUUCCCCUUUCUGUUUACGUUUGGAUUUUACACAUCCACAUCCACAUCCACCUCCACCUUCACCUCCACCUCCACCUUCACCUCCACCUCAAUUAUUAUUUUGUAUAUAUAUUUAUUCACACAGCCAAUGCAAAUGUAAUUUAUAGAUAAUCAAUAAUUGGUUAAAAUUUUACAGUACGACCUCAAAUUGAAUUUCUUACAUUG